CACAUGUUCCGUCGCGCGAUCAAUAGUUAUUGUUAAACGAGCUUUUAUUUUUCCCGUCUCUCGCUCUCGCGUUCAUCGCUACGAUUGUUGUUAUUGUUAUUGUUGUUGUUAUUGUUGUUGUUGUUGUUGUUGUUGUUGCCGUUGUUGUUGCAGACAGAGAAGACACCCACAUGACGCGGAAAAAAUGCCCCCGUAAUCGGCAAGGCUGAUAUGGCCCGGAAAUCAGGCCCCCGCAUCACGGUAGCUCUUAGAGGAUGCACAAGCUAGCCAAGGGCCUUAAGAAGAAGAAAAAGCAGAAGAAGGGCAAGAAGGGCGAGGACGCGGAGGAGUUCGAGCCGGAGGAGCUCGAGCGGUACAGGCGCGAGAGGGCAGAGGCCCAGCAGAAGCAGCUCGAGGCAACAGCGGAGCCACCGAAGCCGGCCGACAACGACGAGUGGAAGCGCUUCCAGGCCCUGACCUCGGGCAUCGACACCGUCCUCAAAAAGACCCAGGACGACCUCGACCGCAUCAAGUCGACCUCGUUCUACCAGCGCAAGGAGAAGGAGCCCGAGCCCGACCCGGAGGAGAGCCCCGAGGUCCAGGCGCGCCGGCAGGAGCUCGCCAAAAAGUACGCCGGCUUCGACGAGCACGGCAAUCCCAUCGAGCUCAAGGACGAGCAGGAGCCUGCCAAGGACAAAGCCCUACCCGUCACCGAGGACGGUUUCGUCGAGGUGCCCGACGACGACGACGAGCACGACGACUCGGCCGACGAGGACAUCUUCGACACCGCCUACGUCGACGUCAUCCAGAACGUUGACGUGCAACUAGCUUACAUCCCCGACAGCCCGACCGAGGAGGAGUUGGGCGACGACCCGUUCGACACUAGCCAAGCUGACAAGGUACUGAAGAUUGUGGACACAAAGACGGGGAGGAAGCUCGUAAGCCUUGGCAAUGCGGCGGAGGUGCUCGCCGGUAGGGUGGACCACGUGAGCACGUGCAAGAUAGGGAGGAACCGGCCGAGGCAGGCCCAGGACUUGCUCAUUGGGGACUUUGACGCGGAGUUGCCCGUGGUACAGGUGGUGGACGAGGACGCGGCGCCGGUGGUGAUCGAGAAAACGUUGCUGGACGACGACAGCGACUUGCCGGACGUCGACCUGCCACCCGUUGAUCUGACCAAGCUGCCGCCCAUUCUUAGCAGGCCGAUCACGCCCGCCAACCCCGAGGACGCUGCCCUGACCGGCAAUUCUCUGGACAUUGUUUCCGAGUUCGAGCUUCUGAAGGACAAGACUAUCCUCGACGAGAUACCGGUGUUGGACGAGGAGGAGUUCGACUUGGAGGCACCCACUGACGAGCCGGUCGUGCUCGAGGAGCCCGAGGACCCUUUCGCGGAGACGACGAGCCUCCAGCCGCAGGAGCUCGAGAUAGUCGAGGUCGCGUUCGAGGUCGCGACGUUCGUCAACGAAGAGGUCGACCCGUUCGACACGAGCUAUGUCAGCAACAUCGAGCCCGGCCAGGCGGAGCUCAGGGUCAUCGAGUCGGAGCUGCUGAGCAAGGAAACAGAACACGCAAAAUCGGCACCCAACCAGCGAGAGCUCAAAUUCGUCAAGCCGGAGCUCCUGGAGGACGACGACGACUUCGACCCCCGGGCUGAGGAGACACCCGCAAAGUUCCCCGAACAGUGCAUCGAGGAGGAGGAGUACGAGCAGCAGGCCAGAAUCAGGGGGAGGAAGCCCUCGAGGCCCGAGGCCCUCGAAAUAGCCCCAAAGGUCGUCGCCUUCGAGCUCCCGGCCCCCAGCGGGGCUGACCUACUGGUCGCGGGCGAGGAGGAAAAGGCCCUGCCGGGCAAGCCCCUCACCCCGUACUACCCGCAAAGGUCCAUCGAGGAGGUCCUGCCGGCCGAGGACGACCCUUUCAACACAUCGGGCAUCAGCAUCGAGCCCGGCAAGACCGAGCUCAAGCUACUCGAGUCGGAGCUACUCAGCGAGGACACCGGCAGAGCCCCCGACGGCUUGACGCGCAGCGUCAGCGAGCACGAGUUCGAGCCGCGGACCACGCCCGCCCCGAGUAAGAACCGCCGGCAGAGCGACUUUGGGCCCGCGGCAAAGAGCUCCGAGGAGGUCAUCGAGUCCCUCAUCACCAGCAACCGGAGGAAGGCCCUGCAGAGGCGACAGGACAGUAUAUUGGACACGGCGGUCGAGGUGACCGCCGCGCCCCUCGUGCCCAACGUCAAGCCGAGCACGAUCGAGGAGGAGAUCGAGUUGGCGUACAAGGAUCCCUUCGACACAAGCCACAUCAGCAAGAUCGGGCCCGGCCAGGCGGAGCUCAAACUCAUCGAGGACGAGCUGAGCCAGGUGCCCGAGCCCCAGCCCAUCAGGCUCCACCCCGUGAUCGAGCUCGUCGCGAAGCAGCAGCAGCAGCAGCAACUCGCCGUCGACGACGACCCGAACUUUGACCCCAGGGCUGACGAGCGGCAAACGGACAUCCUCUGCAGCCUCGACGUCCAGGGGGUCGCGCCGGCCGACAAGGUUCUCACGCCGAUACAGGACACCGACUCGUUCGAGGACGUGGACCCGUUCGACACGCGCCACGUCAGUAUAGAGCCCGGCAAGACAGAGCUCAAGCUCCUCGAGUCGGAGCUCAUCAGCCAGUAACCCUCGCCAAUCAGCGCCACACUCGCCGCCAUGGAUUCCAAGGGUGGCAACCCGUUCCUCGUGGACGACUACCCGGCCGCGAACACGGCCGCCUCGAACCCGUUCCUCCAGGACUUUGGGGAGCCACUGGCGGCGUCGGCACCAGGUGCGGAGGCCAACCCCUUCUUCGACUUUGUGGUGGACCAGCAGCAGCCAUCGGCGACAGACUCGACGAAUCCUUUCGCCGCGUUCGGGGUGGAGGAGGCCUCGGUGCCGGAGCCGGAGGUCGGGGUGUUUGUCACCCCGGAGGUCGCCUCCGUACCCCAACAGCCAACGGCCGAAUUUUUCAGCCUCGAGCCCGAGGUCGCGGAACCUCCACCUCUCGUGGUUGAUAGUCCACCUCGACCGGUAGCCGAGACAACGGUGGCCCCGAGCAAACCGGCGAGGCCACCACCUCCACCGAGGCCGGGACCGCCACCUCCACCCAGGAACACCAAGGACCUCAUCCUGUCGGUGACCGGGGCGAUGGACGAGACCUCGAACCAGAUGCUGGACCGGCUGCAGGCGACCCGCACUCCCAGCCCGACCCUCAUGCACUCGCCCUCGCCGACGCCGGAGCACAGCUUCGCCGACUUGCUCGACGUCGAGGGCAGCGUGCCCGAGCUGGCGUACGACGCCGGCGCCGAGGCAACGGCGCAGCAGCCCCCGGCUGCUCCUGUCACUGCCGCGGACGUCGGCGACGGUGGCCCCCAGGACAUGCUGGGCCUGUUCGACGCUCCGCCGGCCCAGCCACCGCCCACCGCGUCGCGCAAAAGCAGCGCCGCGAGUGCAGGCGUGGGAGUCGGGCUGGCGGACGCGAGCCCGCCCGCUGUGCCUUCCAGGGAGGCCACGCCGCCCAAGACGUCGCAGCUGCCGGAGAAUCCGUUCUCCGAUGCCGGCCAGAAGAGGCCCUCGCUCGUCGCCUCGCCCACGGCCACCGAAAGCGAGGCUUUCGCGGCCCAGCCGGAGGUGGACGCCACUUUAGCGAUGGACCAUCAGGCCACCAACGUGUUCGGGGACGUGUCGAGCGCACCGGCGAUCGACGCCUCGAGUUUUUUCUCGACGGCCGCGACCACUCCGGGCGAGGCUGUUUACGCCGACCUCCUCGGGGACCUCGGUUCGAGCGAGCCAGUACAAGAACCCGCCACCACCGUGGACUAUACCUCGACCGGUCCAGCCACCGAGUAUGCAUUGUCCGGAUACGGCGCUGCUGCCGGUGACGUGAGCUUUGGCGAGUCAACGACGACGACGACGACGGUGGUUCAGCCGGUCGCGGACGCGUUCGACGCGUUUGCCUCCAAGUUCGACAGAGCCGGCGAGCACGACGCCUCGUCUGGCGGGGAUCCGUUUAGCGACCCGUUCACCGGUGCCGGGGGACAUACCGCCAUGGACACGAGUAGCGACGUAUGGGGCGACUCCACCGCGGUUUCGGACGGACAGUCGUUGUCGGGCUUUGACGACGCGGACGGAUUCGACUCCUUCCUUAGCAUGACGGCACCCCCACCCGAACUCGCAACUUCCAGGAGACGAGGCUCCGCCGACUCGGACGAGGCUCCGGACUUUAGCGUCGUCAUCAAGCCAAGGGAGGGAGACCACGUGGCGUACCAGGAGAGCGGCCCUGUCCCCGUGCUGGCCCCACCGCCCAAGAGCCCCAUGUCCGCCGCUUACGCGGACAACACGCCCCGCUUCAACCCGUUCGACAAGCCGGCCGAGUUCGGCCAGGACGCCCUGACCGCCGAGGGCGCCUUCCCCGAGCUGAAGAGAACCGACUCGCAGGAGACACCGCCGACCCCGUUGUUCGACGAGGACGUGAGCCAGCCCCUGGAGGAGUUCCCGCGGGUGCCGUACGUGGGCGACGGCUGGGAGAUGCAGCUGCGCUUCCCUAUAAAGAAAAAAAUCACUGGCCAGCGGUUCUGGAAGAAGGUGUGGGUGAGGCUGGUCCACCAGGGCGACAACCCCGUGGUGCAGCUGUUCAACGCCAAGGGGGACAAGGAUCCCUUCCAAGAGUUGCCGUUGCUGGCUUGCUACUCGGUCUCGGAAAUCGCGGCCCAGCAGUUCGACCAGUACGGCAAAAUAUUCACGGUCAAGCUGCAGUACAUCACGUACAAGGAGAGACCGGGGGUGAGGCCGGGACAGGUGACCAAGGCAGAGCGCAUCACCAACAAGCUCAGCCAGUUUGCCGCUUACGCCAUACAGGGCGAUUACCAGGGCGUCAAGGAGUUUGGCAGCGACCUCAAGAAGCUCGGCCUCCCCGUCGAGCACGCCCCCACGUCGGCGCAACUGUUCAAGUUCGGCUCGCAGACGUACGAGGACAUGAAGACGUUCUCCAUCGCGAUCGAGGAGGCUCUGUUCAAGCUGUCGGCCCACCGGGACCGCGCCCUCCAGUACAAGAUGGAGGAGGUCCAGAUAAGCGUCGUCGACGAGUUGUACGUCGAGCAGAACGUCGACGGCCACGUCGACAAGCAGAUAGCCCGCGUGCGGCUCUUCUUUCUCGGCUUCCUGUCUGGCAUGCCCGACGUCGAGCUGGGGAUCAACGACAUUUGGAGGCAAGGCAAGGAGGUCGUGGGCAGGCACGACAUCAUCCCUGUGGCCACGGAGGAGUGGAUCCGCCUCGAGAACAUCGAGUUCCACUCGUGCGUCCAGCAGGACGACUACGAGAAGCUAAGGGUCAUCAAGUUCAAGCCACCCGACGCCUGCUACAUCGAGCUGAUGAGGUUCCGGGUGAGGCCGCCGCGGAAUCGCGAGCUGCCCCUUCAGCUGAAGGCCGUGAUGUGCGUGACCGGCAACAAGGUGGAGCUGCGAGCUGACAUUCUGGUGCCGGGUUUCGCGUCGCGCAAGCUCGGCUGCGUGCCGUGCGAGGACGUGAUGGUGCGCUUCCCGAUACCCGAGUGCUGGAUCUACCUGUUCCGGGUGGAGAAGCACUUUAGGUACGGCUCGGUCAAGUCCGCCCACCGGCGCACGGGCAAGAUCAAGGGCAUCGAGAGGUUCCUCGGGGCCGUGGACACGCUCGACCCGCAACUCAUGGAGGUCACCUCGGGACAGGCCAAGUACGAGCACCAGCACCACUCGAUCGUCUGGAGGAUGCCGAGGCUGCCCAAGGAGGGACAGGGGUCGUACACGACGCACAAUCUCGUAUGCCGGAUGAACCUGACGUCCUACGACCAGAUACCGGAGAAGCUGACCGAGUACGCGUACGUCGAGUUCACGAUGCCGACGACCCAGGUGUCCCACACGAUGGCCAGGAGCGUGAGCUUCCAGAACUACGACGGCGACAACCCGCCCGAGAAGUACGUGAGGAACCUGUCGCGGCACGAGUACAGGGUGGAGAUCGAGCACACGCAGGGCGAGGGCCCGGGCGCCUACAUAAGCGCGACGACCCUCAGCACGCCCAAGAAGACGAUCGCGGAGUCGAGCGGCGACGAGUCCUCCAUACCAGAGGCGCCCGCACACCCACCCUCGGACUCGGACUCUUCCGACUAAAGCGCUCCCCGCGAAUUGUUUGGCUGGAUAUUUUGGCACGACUGCUCAAGCUUUUGUAAUGGAAGGGACCGUGGAAAUUUAUUGCACCCUGUACAGCCGAGAGAAAGUUAUUUUUACGCUCCCGAUGUAGAGCUGAGCGUUGCGAAGGCUUUUAAAAUAUAUGUUGCUCGUCCCCGAGUAUAUAUCUACAUAUUAUAUAUAUAUACAAAGAAUAUAGAGGUGACGUUCGGAGAUGGCGAACGGCAAGUGACGUGUGUCUGUAUGAGCAUAUACAGUGGAGGUCACGGAGUGCCAGUCAAGUGCAGCCGGAGAUCUAUUAUAUAUAUAUAUUGUAUACCUGCCAAGAGAGAGGAGAGCCACGCAAGAGUGUGACGCGGGUUCUCCAAAUUUCAUUGUGCGCUUUUAA